AUGGAAAGAGGCGAUUACCCCAGCGCUGAGAUGUGCACGCUAUGUGGAGAAGCCUUUACUCUGCCCGAGGACGAAGUUGAAGGCAACCUCCCUCGUGUGCUUUUAUGUUCCCACAUCUACUGCACAUCCUGCCUGCUGUCCAUUCAAAGUGACGAUGUCAUCACCUGUCCCAAGUGUAAGGUGGACUCCACCCUUCCUGAAGGUGGGGUGUUUGGCCUGCAGGAAGAUAGCAGAAUCAUUGGCCUCAUCUACACCUCUAAAAUUAAUCGGGAAAGCAGGAGAUCAAAUUAUCGCAAAAAGGACAAAUCAUCCCCAUUGAAGGACAUUAACGCCAAUACCGAGGAUGUUGAGCAGUCAGCUGAUAUUGAGAAGAUUAGAACGGCGGUGGAUGAGGCGUUGGUCCAGGCUGCAGAAAAUCAUGCUCUUCUUGACAAAAUCAAUGAGACUCUUCAGACUGGUCUGGCAGAUCAGGUGAAGAGCGAAAGAGCUCGGCUGGAGUCUGAGAUCAAGCAAGAUGCAGACAAGGCUUCACAAGCUAUUCAGAAGUGGAAGGAUGAGCAGAUGAGUCAGCUCACGAAAUUAAAUGAUCGAUUCUCCACCGGCAGAGCAGAAUUGUGCCGCGUCCAGAAGAAGUUGAAGGCCCUGGAGAUUGCCAUGAAAAUGGCCAAAGAAGUACGCCGUGUCCCCUUUCUGGAGCAGUACUGCACCCUGGAUAAGGUUCUGGAGACAUUGCAGGCCCCUAUAGAUGAGCAGUCCUUCGAUGUUAAAUGCAUUACUCUGGGCUCUGGAUUGAGCAGUGUUUUCCAGAUCGAUGGUCUGAAACAGAGUCUGGCUUUGUCUCUGGCGAUUGAAGUCGGCAACCCAAAGCAGUUGUCUGAGCCGCCGCCCAAACACCAUGAGCCGAGCAGCUUCAACAGGAAGUCCUCACUGCAGCGUGCAGAGGGCAGGGACAGAAACUAUAACUUUCCCUCUGGCAACGACCUGCCCAGUCCACCAAAACAAAACCAGGAGAGCCCGAGAUCUUGCAGUCCGUCAUCCCGAGGUUCCUCUCCGAGCCCAAAACCUCUUGGCAGGUCCAACCGUCCUCGCCAGAACGACACGUCAUACUCUGGAGAUCCAGACGUAAUCAUCGAGGAGCUGUACAAGGAACAACAACAUGCUCCCCCGCCCACCGGCCCUGAGCUGGCUAGUGACGCAGGGAGAAUCCAAAGGAAAAAGAGAAAUCAGUCUUUUGGCAAUCAGGCAGAUCUCCUCCAGAUGGUGAUUGUAACCCACGUUGUGAAUCCAAGUCACUUCUACGUCCGCUACGUGGCGGAGAACAGCGAAAGCGAGAACCUCUCCGAGAAGAUAAACGUCUUCUGCAGCAGACACAGUUGUCACUUUACUUCCAGUGACACAGUGGAGAAUGGCUCCUUGAUCUUUGUGAAGUCGAAGGAGGGUCUGUGGUGUCGGGCCCGUGUGAUUUCAGUCCUGCAGAUCGGACGUGUUGAUGCAGGGAAAGAUUGUCCAGUCACUCAGCUGGCCAGUGUCCGAGUCUUCUUCCUCGACUCUGGCCUCAACAUACGCCUCCCCAUACAGAGGGAGGAGGGGAGCACUGAGUCUUCCCUGGAGGAGGUGAACACCCAGCUGAGGAAGGUGUUUGAGGGGGUGAAUCGGGCGCUGAGUGACUUCGCUCCUCAGGCCAUCAGAUGUUCCCUCAAGGACCUGGUCCCCUAUGACCUGACAAAGGGCUGGAAAAAAGAUGCUGAGGUGAAAUUCAGCCGCCUGGUGGGCUCUGCAGCGGUGGAUAUGAGACAUUUGGGUCAGGACAGAGACAGUCUGCUGGUGGACCUGAGGAAAGUUCCCGUCAAUCAGUCCAGUGGCGUUCCCAUCUCCGUCAGAGAGUACCUCGUCCUCAUCGAAGUGGCCAGGUUUUAUGCUCCAGUGAAUUUGGGCAUGAGGACGCUGCUGUUCUACCCUCCUGAUUAUCCCAAGGUUUACACAGAGGUCAAUGCUGUUGUGUCCCACAUCAACACCCCCGCUGACUUCUACAUCCAGGUUGAGAACAUGGAGUCUUUGCUGCUCUUUGCAAAGCUUCAGGAUUGUUACAAUGCGACGACGAUGGCUGGAGAUGAAGACUUCAACAUCUACUGUCCUGUGAUGGAGCAGGCCUGCGUCGCCCGGUUCAAGGACAAGUGGUGCAGAGCUCAGAUCAUAGGUAAUCCGGCUGGCAAGAAAGUGGAGGUACAGUAUGUCGACUUCGGCGACAAAAAUAUUCUGACAGUGAGCGACUUGAGGAAGAUCAAGGAUGAGUUCUUUGCCCUUCCUUCCAUGGCAAUCCACUGCUGUCUGUCAGAAAUAAUUCCUCUGGAUGGAAACACCUGGAGUGAGACCUGCUGCAACAGAUUCGUCAGCCUGGCUCAAGAGAAACUGGUCACUAUCGUGGCUACAGGAACCAGGCCUAAGUCUCAGCCGCUGCCGGUCAAACUGUUUGAGAGCAGUCUGAACGGACCACAAGCCAACUUCGCCGUGCUGCUGGUCAAAGAGGAGCUGGCCUCCUUCAAAGACAGGUCUGCUCCCUGCAGACCUAAAUCCCCGACAGUCAGGUCCUCUGCUGAAGACUCAACUGAAGCCAUUUGGGACCCUCCACUUGAGCUGGGUUUGGACACAGACAGCGUUGACACUCCUGAGCAGAAAACCCCUGGAGAUCAGACUGAGGAGCAGCCGGAGUUUGAUGCUCAGCUGAAGCUCCCCAAUCAAUUCAAAGACCUGAAAGUCCGAGUCAGCCACGUCAACUCACCGAGCAGCUUCUACGUUCAGCUCACCCAGAACGACGCCCAGCUCAAAAAGAUCUGUGAGCUGGUGAAGAAGCAGUGUGCGCCAAUGGAGGCCGAAGAUAUAAUGUGGAAGGCCGACAUUUACUGCGCUGCUCAGAUCGACGGGGUUUGGGAGAGAGGACAGAUCUGCUCCGACGUCGAGUCAGACAACAUCGCAGAGGUUCUGCGCUGUGACCAUGGCAACAAGGUGAAGAUCAACAUCAGCGACCUGCGGCCCCUCCAUCCCUCACUGACGGGUGCUCUGGCACUGGAGUGCACUCUCACUGACAUCAGGCCGGCAGGAGGCAGAUCCACCUGGACGGCUACUGCCUGCGACCUGAUCUCCUUCUACCUGGCUGGAGCCUCGGCUAUGGUCACCAUCAAGGAGUUGACAGACGAGCGUCCGGUUCCCGUCAUUCUGUCCUGCUCCAACAAGACGGGACGGUUUGUCAGCAUCGCAGACUUUCUCGUCAGCGAAGGCCUCGCCCUCAGGGAGAGGAAACCAAGAGAUGUUGUUGUUAAAAAAUCGGAGAAAUCUAUGAUCAAAGAAACCGAAGCGCAGCCUCGAGUGAGCGAGACCCAGACUGAAGGCUCUGAUGUGAAGGGGAUAAAGACUCUCCCAGCUCUUCCUCAGAGUCCUUUGUUCUUCCCAGCCACCCCCAUCUCCAUUACCACUAGUCCACGACCUAACCCUCGCACCAUCAUGUCUGCUGAGAAGGUGAAGACACCAAUGUAUCACCCCCCCGAGCUGCCGUGCCUCGGUAACAUCCAGAUAAAUGUUUCUGCCAUCGGAGAGGACGGUCUCAUUUACACCAGAACACUGAAUGCAGAGCGUCAGCUGGAGCAGCUCAGGGAGAGGAUUCAGCAGAGCAUGAAGACUUUACCCAGACAGAAGCCGUACACCUGGAAGUCCGUGCUGGGCUGCGCUGUCAUCGGGCCGGACAUGCUGUGGUACCGAGGACAACUGCUGGAGGUGCUGGGUGGACACGUUAAGGUACAGUAUGUGGACUACGGCCUGGUGGAGAACAUCCCAGUGGUUCAUGUGUACCCCGUGCUGCUGUGUGAAGAUGUUCCUCAGCUCUGUAUGCCCUGCAAGCUGCACAGCAUCAACCCUGUUGGGGGAAGGUGGCAGCGGGAUGCAGUGGCCUUACUGAAGGAGCUCCUGCUGAACCGCUUCGUGGACAUGAGAGUCAUGGAGCUGCCCAGCGACCCCAGAGACCCCCUCUCAGUGGAGCUGUUUGUGGACGGACUGAGCCUCAGCAGGAUCAUGUGUCACCACGAACACGCCUCCAUAGACCAGACACUCUCUGUCAACAAGGAAUUCGCAGUGAUGUCUCCUGCUCGCCUCCUGGAUGACUGGGACAUCGACACUGAGGGUCUGAAGGGCCCAGAGGAGCCGCUGCUGGGACCCUUCAUCUACCCAAACCUGCCCAAGGAGGGGGAGCGGAUUCAGGUCCGGGUCAAGCACCUGUGGACCCCCAACGAGCUGUUCCUGUGGCCUCUGGAUGGCACCAAUGAGAUGGAUGGAGAGUCUCUGGAUGAAGUUCUGACCCGAAUCAAUUCAGACCUCAGUAGUCUGCAACGACUCAGCAACUUCCGUGAAGGAGCUCCGUGUCUGGCAGAGUACAGGGAUGGGAAAUAUUACCGGGCCGAAGUGAUGAUGAUCACCAGCGUGGAGCCCGUCAUGAUCAUGGUGAAGCACGUGGACUUCGGCUCCGACGACACUCUGCCGCCCAGCAAGCUGCGUCAGAUGUGUGCUGAGCUCAUGAGUUUUCCGUCCCGGGCGCUCAGAGUGAAAGUGGCCGGCUUCAAGCCUCCGAGUGAGAGGCAGCAGCAGCAGGAUGUUCUGCCCUACAGCACGGCCUGGAGCGUGCAGGCCGCCAUGGACAUGAUCGACAUGCUGCACGGGAACAUCACCGCCUGUGUGGUGGCGCAGGAGCCGGAGCUCACGGUGCUGCUGUACAACGAGGAUGAGGAGCUGGUGCAUCUUCCUCUGGUGAGCAGCGGCCUCGCUGAGUUUGAGUGAAGCGAGAGGACCGAUCCACAGGGAGCAGCUCAGGCUCGCCCCCGCGGACGUCCGGUUUUUGUUCUGCUGUGUUACUGCUUUGAGUUUGUACAUGUUGCAGGAAGUUUGAUCCUGCAGAGCAGAUAUUUAUUUUAAGUGUGUUGUGUUUCAGUGAGCUGUGUUGUGUUUCAGUGAGCUGUGUUGUGUUUCAGUGAGCUGUGUUGUGUUUCAGUGAGCUGUGUUGUAUCGGCACUUUAUUUUCUCGUUAUUUAAAUCACGCGAGACGGACUUGUCUGUAGGAAUGUGCAGAUUAAAGUCUUUA